UCGUCCUCUGCCUCUUCCCCUAAGAGGAAAACCCGUUUGCGGUGGUGGCGUGUCUGUGUGGCUCCGAUAUAUCCGGUGAAAACGGCGCAUUAAUGGCGGAUACGUUGACACUUUUCACUUCUAUCGGGCUCAGUGAGCAGAAAGCGAAGGAAACAUUGAAAAAUGAAGCGCUGAGUUCUGCCCUGAAGAGCGCAAUUACUCAGGCCCAGAGUAUCCAUGGGGCAUCUGGAGUGGACAAAGCCAUGGGUACAUUACUGUACAGCAUGGCAUCUCGCCUUAAAGACACUAAACGCCUGACAUUUCUCUCUGAAAGCAUCGCUCUGCGCAAAAUCUGCACUGAGCUACAACUGGCAGCUGCCUUGGAGUUUGUAAAAAGUCAUCCUCAUGACCCCAUCAACCAGAAGGAGUUUGACAAAACAUGUGGCGUGGGCAUCGUCAUAACACCCGAGCAGAUUGAGGAUGCAGUAGAGUCUGUGAUCAAGAAGCACAAGGAGCAGCUGUUAAAAGAGAGGUACCGCUUCAACAUGGGACUGCUAAUGGGUGAAGCUCGCUCUGCUUUGAAAUGGGCUGAUGGAAAGGUGAUCAAAAAUGAGGUGGACAUGCAGGUUCUACAUCUCUUAGGGCCUAAAACAGAGGCUGACCUAGAGAAGAAACCUAAGCCACAGAAAGCUAAAGCCACAGAGAAUGACAUGAAGGUUAAAGAGGAAGUGGCAGUAAAUGGUGAUGUGAAUUCUGGUGAGGGAAGGUCGCUAAUGGAACAGCUUAGAGGAGAGGCACUGAAGUUCCAUAAAACAGGAGAGAACUACAAAACUGAGGGCUAUGUUGUCACGUCAAACACAAUGGAUUUGCUUAAAAAGCACCUGGAGCUCACAGGUGGACAGAUACGUACCCGUUUUCCUCCUGAGCCCAACGGUAUCCUUCACAUCGGACAUGCCAAAGCUAUCAACUUCAAUUUUGGUUAUGCAAAGGCAAACAACGGGAUUUGUUUUUUGAGAUAUGAUGACACAAAUCCCGAGAAGGAGGAGGAAAAAUACUUCACUGCCAUCAAGGACAUGGUGGAGUGGCUGGGCUACAAACCUUAUGCUGUGACACACGCCUCCGACAACUUCCAGGAACUCUAUGACCUCGCUGUGGAUCUUAUUCGAAGGGGUCAUGCGUUUGUGUGCCAUCAGAAGGGUGAAGAGCUGAAGGGCCACAAUGUUCCUCCAUCACCGUGGAGAGACAGACCAAUCGAAGAGUCACUGGUGUUGUUUGAGAGGAUGAAGAGGGGUCUGUUUUCAGAGGGAGAGGCCACACUCAGGAUGAAGAUGGUCAUGGAGGAUGGGAAGAUGGACCCUGUGGCAUACCGAAUCAAAUACACGGCACAUCAUCGGACAGGAGAUGAAUGGUGCAUCUACCCCACCUAUGACUACACCCACUGUCUGUGUGACUCCAUUGAAAACAUUACACAUUCACUGUGCACCAAAGAGUUUCAAGCCAGACGUUCAUCAUAUUACUGGCUGUGUAAUGCUCUGGAUGUCUACUGCCCUGUUCAGUGGGAAUAUGGCCGCCUGAACCUCACCUACACUGUUGUGUCCAAGAGGAAAAUCAUCAAACUGGUUGAGACUGGUGUUGUCAGAGACUGGGAUGAUCCGAGACUCUUCACUUUGACUGCACUGAGGAGAAGAGGUUUCCCACCAGAGGCAAUCAACAACUUUUGUGCUCGGGUGGGAGUCACAGUUUCCCAGACAACGACGGAGCCCCACCUCCUGGAGUCAUGUGUGAGGGAUGUGCUGAAUGACACGGCACCUCGAGCCAUGGCUGUGCUGGAACCACUCAAAAUCACAAUUACUAACCUUGCAGCGAACUCAAAGUCAGAUGUACGAGUACCAGACUUUCCUGCCAAUGAGGCCAAAGGCAGCCACACGGUUCCAUUUACACGCACCAUCUUCAUUGAACAAAGCGACUUCAGGGAGGUGAUGGAGAAAGGCUACAAGCGUCUGACCCCAGAACAGCCUGUAGGCCUGAGGCAUGCUGGGUACGUCAUUUCUGUCCAGAAGGUCAUCAAGGACGCUCAGGGUAAAGUGGUGGAACUGGAGGUGACCUGCUGCAGUUCUGAGACUGCAGAGAAACCAAAGGCCUUCAUCCACUGGGUCAGCCAGCCGUUGAUGUGUGAAGUGCGUCUCUAUGAAAGACUCUUCAUGCACAAACACCCAGAGGAUCCAUCUGAAGUUCCCAACGGCUUCCUGAGUGACAUCAACCCUAAUUCCAUGCAGGUGAUCAGCAGUGCCUUAGUGGAUAGCUCAGUCAAAGGAGCAAAAGUUUUUGACAAAUUUCAGUUUGAGAGAGUCGGCUACUUCUCUCUGGACCCCGACAGCACCGCAGACAAGCUCGUCUUCAACAGAACGGUCACCCUCAAAGAAGACCCUGGGAAGAUCUGACUGACUUGAGAUCAAGCUGCACUUCCUGCUUCCCAUGAGCCCACAGAUACAUGUCCAAAUUGUUUGCAUCUCUGACUGUGGAAUAUCAGCAAGGACACAGAAUGUUCAGGCUGAGACUGAGUCAAAUAAUAUACUGUCAUAUUUGCAGCAGUUAUCGAGCAUUAAUUUAUCUUACGGAAAUUGGAAAAUUUAGUUGUAUUUAUUGGCCGUUCUUCGUGGUUUCUUUAUAAGAGAAUUUCAGUAAACAGUCACUGCAGUAUCACUUUGACUUAUCUCAAAAUGCUUGUCCAGUCAGUGUUCAGAAUCAUCUUGAUCAUUUUAUUUUACCAUCUGCUACAGUAGUAUUCAGUUAUUACUGUUUUCUCUUCUUUGUUGAAUGUAUGCAACUUUGAUCAUUGUUCAACAAUGUAAAUUUUAUAUCGACGCUCAAGCUGGUUUUACAUGCAAGAGAUGCUCUCAAAUGCCAUAAAUAACUUUCUUAUAAUGGUGGCGAGUCACUGCCAAACCACCAUUUGUUUUUUAAGAUCAAAAAGGUGCUCAUGUGUCCUUUUGACAGGAGAGAAUAAAAAAUGCUCUUAAAAAUAA